AUGAAUGCUGUUAAUUUCAUGGCAAACCAGCCCAUCACAGACACCACGCCCACUGAAAUUAUUGGAUUGAACCAGUCACGGAGCACUUCUAGCAGGAGUGCUGGCCACAGUCCACUAAAUUUUAAUAAUGCUACAUCUCCUCACGUCCCGGGUAAUGCUUACAAUAUCGUUCGGUCCAGGCCCCCAUCUUCUAAUACUGCCUCGGGGAGCCCAUCACAACCUAGCGAGAGAGACGAGUUCCAGGAUAUCUUUUCUGAACUCUUAACGGGCACUGAACAUGAAAUAGCGUUUCUGGUUCGACAUUUUUCGGAAAGUUUGGGGCCUUGGCUAGACGUCUCGGACUCGACCCGGUUUUUUGAAGUUCAUGUACCAAUACGCGCGAUCAAUGAUCCCUUCUUAAAUUUUGCAAUUGCCGCUCUGGCUGCGAAGCAUCUCGGCAGGAUGAAAGGCGCAACGUCACCAGCUAGUGGUGGAAUGUUCACAAGCCCCGCGACCAUGGAAAUCUAUCCAAAUGCGACACAAGUGGACUGGUUUCUCAAAGCAACUAACUACUACUAUAUUGCCGCUUCCCGCAUGAAUUCCGCCAUCUCUGAAGCUUACACUUCCGUAUCUAGCUCGGCCAUUUUAGAAGAAUCGGCAAUUCAAAUCGCCAGCCGAUGGUUAAGUUCUCAGCCACAGCAGUCUAGUUCCGCUGCCGAAGAAGCCGCUGCCAGCACUUUCUCAAGAAAGGCAGAGAAUAUCCUCGCAGCCUCAACUAUCAUGACGAUGUAUAAGAUUUUGGAUGAACCCGCAGAAAAUUGGCAAUCGCACCUUUCUGGAAUAAAGUCAUUAUUUGACUCUUUGAUAGAAGUACACAGCGGGCGGCGUUCUGGAACCUUGCCCGGUUGGAUUACUUAA